AUGUCACGAGUCAAUAUCCGAGAUGGUGACGGCGAUGACAUCGAGAAGGAACCUAUGCUGGAAUGGCAGUCUGUCACCAAGACACGAUGGCAAAAGUACAAACGUUCGAUAUUGAUCGUGAGCUCAACACUUGUGCUAUGCAUAGCGGGGUUCACAUUGCUAUACCACACAUUCAACAAAGAUCAACCAGUACCAUCUCGAACUGGUAGCAAAUUGUUGGCUGGGGAAGUCAAUGGCCUCGUGCCUGAAUUCUCAGUAACACCGCAAGUGUGGUACAACAAUUCACUCUAUGGCCCAGAGGAAGACAUCCGGGAUCUGCCACAAGAAGAGGUGCAACAAUUGAUGAAGCGAUGGCACGCACUUAUGCCCCGUGGUUAUGGGUUCGUGCCUGUCCAUGAACCCGAACAGUACGAAUUGGCGCCGCCAUUGCAAUAUGAUGGGCUGCCGCCUCCAGACUACUACUACUCCAUCACGGUCUUCCACCAACUUCACUGCUUGAACGCCAUCUUGAAGACCUUCGUCGAAGACCGCACGGGUUACUCAGUGGGCGGACAUGCAAAACGGCAAGAGCACUUUCACCACAGCCGACAUAUCUUGCACUGUUUCGACUACCUCCGCCAAUCUAUCCAAUGCUACGCUGACACUGCCCUCGAGGGAGCUGACGAAUUCUCGAUCGCAGAAGGAAGAGACAAAGUAUUGGUCGGCACAUCUGGCAUUGGAACGACGCACAUGUGCAAGAAUUACGAUCAGAUCAAGAAGUAUGCGGAAGACAAUGCGAACCCCAAGUGGAAGAGACCAUUGGAGAAAGAACACUAG